AUGGGCUCUGACCCAGACAAGAUGGCCAGCUUCACUAUUCUCAGUCCUGCUGCUGCUCCAGUCCUGGCGCCUCGACUGGGGAAACUGGCUAUCGCAGGCAGGAAGGCCGUCAGCACGCCGCAUUACAUUCCGCUCACCACGCGAGGAGCCGUUCCACAUAUCACGCAUGAUCUGAUGAGAGAUCAGACUGAAAUUGGCAGUCUUUAUGUCGGCUUGGAAGAUUUCAUAGAGAAGAAACCAGAAAAAGCACCACUCUACAAGGUGCCGACUGAGCCACAUGAAUCAAAAUUGCGCAAGUUCAUGUGUAUGCCCGAGGAUGUCUUAUUAAUUCUUGGUGCGCGACGAGUGCCCCCGGUCGCCUGCCCCCCGACCAAUACACCCAACUCGGUUUCUGUGUUGACGGCUGUUGGAUUCCACCAACUCGAGGCCGAGAAAUAUGUCGACGCAGUGCACAAGUUGCAACCAGAUAUCGUGGUAGGACUAGCAGAUCUUGUGAUGGGACAUAAACCGGGUAUCAAGAGACGGGGGAAGAUGGUAGAUAGAACGCAUGCGUUCACCAUGCAUGCCACAGAGCAUCUGUAUGACCAGGCCGUGGCGGGAGAGAAUCGUUCAAACACGGCAUAUUUUGCCCCGGUGUUGCCGCUGGACAAUGCUGAACAAUCUAUAUACCUGGACGAGCUGGAAGCUGAGCUACGGCAAUACAUCUCCGGUCUAGCAUUGUACGAGUCUGAUUCUCUCUCCCUCAUCACCGAACUACUGGGCGAUCUACCCCGACUUUUAUUCAGCGACCCAGCUACUCCUCAUGAUAUUUUACGCGAGGUAUCUCUUGGAGCAGACCUCCUCACGCUUCCCUUCAUGACCGCUUGUUCGGAUGCAGGUAUUGCCUUUGACUUUUCCUUCCCAGCUCCCGCCGCUGUAGUUUCAGAACCUCGACCGCUAGCCUUCGAUCUAUGGUCAUCGGAAUACACCACAGAUACAAGGCCAUUCUCUGAAGGGUGCCAGUGCUACGCCUGCAGGAAUCACCAUCGUGCAUACCUCCACCAUCUCCUCUCCGCAAAGGAAAUGCUGGCUUGGACUCUCCUCCAGAUCCACAAUCACCAUACGAUGGACGUUUUCUUCGCUCAGAUCAGAGAAAGUAUCGAACGUGGUACUUUCGAGCAAGAUUGCUUAAAUUUCAACCGGGCGUAUUCUCCCGAAUUACCAGAAAAGACCGGUCAAGGUCCAAGACUUCGUGGUUACCACCUCCCCGCCGCUGGACCACACCAAGCCAAACGUUUCCCUAAGGUUUAUGGUCGUCUAGACGCUGCAGCGGAGAAGUUCGCAGAAUCUCAAUCCUCAGUAGUUACACCAGACGCUGGAGCAGACGAGCUCGAGGCACGAGGCUUUGCUGAGAAGAAAUGA